UCAUGUGACGAAGCUUUACAAAAAGCACCUUGCUGUGUACUCAUACAGUUAAUGGUCCUUUCUCGACGGAGUUAGAAACCUCUGUCCGAUUAAAGGCUUAACUUCAGUUGUUGCUAUUGAAGCAGCAGUCAACAUGAGGCAAACCCUGGGUGUCCUGUUACUAUGGGCCUGUUUAGACUCGGUGCUUUCACGGGGCUGCUCGUCAUUUUUCUGCCGAAAAUCUCACCGUGUCAGCACCCUGAAUGGAGUCGACCCUGGGACUCCUCUCUUUCUGACUCCGUACCUGGAGAAGGGUGCCAUAGAUGAAGCCAGGAAGCUCAGCCUGGUGGGAGAACUGCCAGGUGCAAACGUGAAGAGUUAUUCAGGCUACUUCACUGUCAACAAAAAAUACAACAGCAACCUCUUCUUUUGGUUCUUCCCUGCACUCAUGGCGAACAGAGAUGAUGCUCCAGUCCUGCUCUGGUUGCAGGGUGGCCCUGGUGGCACAUCCAUGUUUGGUUUGUUUGUGGAGCACGGCCCGUAUGUGGUGUUUAAGAACAUGACUGCGGGUAUGAGGGAUUACGCUUGGACGUCAAGAUACUCAGUUCUGUAUAUUGACAAUCCAGUUGGAACAGGUUUCAGCUUCACUGAUGAUGACAGAGGUUUUGCUCAGAACCAGGAUGAUGUUGGCAGAGAUCUGUACAGUGCUCUAACACAGUUCUUCCAGCUCUUUCCUGAGUAUCAGUCCAAUGACUUUUAUGCAACUGGAGAGUCCUAUGCAGGGAAGUAUGUUCCUGCCAUCUCUUACUACAUCCACAAACAAAAUCCCACUGCCAAAGUGAAAAUCAACUUCAAGGGGAUGGCUAUUGGUGAUGGGCUCUGUGAUCCUGAACUGAUGCUGGGUGGUUACGGUGAGUUCCUGUACCAAACAGCCAUGAUUGAUGAACUCCAAAGACAGUAUGUCAAUGAGCAGACUGACUUGGGAGUGAAACUGAUCCAGCAGAAGAAAUGGGUUGAGGCUUUUCAGGUUUUUGAUAGCUUGCUGAAUGGUGAUGUGGAGCCGUAUCCCUCCUUCUUCCAAAAUGCCACAGGCUGCACAAACUAUUUCAACUAUCUGUCUUGUCAGGAACCUGAAGACCAGGAGUACUUCUCUAAGUUUGUGACUCUACCAGUGGUGCGUCGUGCCAUCCAUGUGGGGAACCUGACGUUCCACGAUGGCUCCGAGGUGGAGAAGCAUCUCUUGGAGGAUGUCAUGAAGAGCAUCAAACCAUGGCUGGGGGUGCUGAUGGACAACUACAGGGUGUUAAUCUACAGCGGUCAGCUGGAUGUCAUCGUAGCAGCUCCUCUGACUGAAAGGUUUCUGCCCACCGUGAACUGGACUGGAGUUGCAGAGUACAAAAAAGCUCCUCGCUUCCACUGGAAGGUUCAGCCCACCGACACAGAAGUAGCUGGUUAUGUACGACAAGUGGGAGAGUUUUACCAGGUCAUCAUCCGAGGAGGAGGUCACAUCCUGCCUUAUGACCAGCCGGCAAGGUCGUUCGACAUGAUAGACAGAUUCCUCUCAACACAGGGCUUCAUAUAAACAUUUAGAUGCUGCUGAAAGAGAGGCAGAGAAUAUUAUUGAUCACUGACUGUUUGAAAGAUUGUUGAUUGUCUCAGGUAAUGUAAAUCAGCACUUUGUUGGAUCUGGAGACAUCUUUAAAGCUGAUUAUUAGCAGAGGUGUUGCUCCGUUUGGGACCGCUCUCUAAUGUACUGCACAUGAAAUUUAAAAAACCUCUCUAAUUCUUAACAGGGACAACUGAAUCUGCCUACAUUUUCUUUUUUUGUUGUCUAAAACAAGCCUAACUUCCGUAAAAUAAAUCAUGUUAUGUUUAUUUUUGUUUCAAACAGGACAGGGAAAUGCAGUUUAUGUUGUUAAUUCACUACUGCUAUAAGAUUAUGUGUACAGAAAGAGACUAAAAUAUGUGGCUGUGAUGUCUUAAAUAAAAUGUUUCAUUUUUUCUAA